AUAACUAAAAAAGAAUCGCAAUGUUUCAAAAUAUUAUAGUGUAAAGAAAUUACUCAUAUAAACAAUAAACAUUCAGUAAAGAUUUCAUAUUUCACGAUUAUUUUUUCUAGAGUUACACUAAAAAACAAAAUCGAUUCUUUCAAAAACUUGUUUUGUGUAUUAAUCUCAGUUUUUCCUUAAUUUGUUGUUGUUUUUCCUAAUGCUUUUAAAAACUAUUGAACAUUUUUUACUUUUGCUCCUAAAGUACCGACUAUAUUGGCUUUCUUAUACUAAAAAUAUGUUAUUAAAGAAAAUCAAAGCAUUUUUACUAUCCCAAAAGGCGAUGACACAUACACACGCACCAUUGUAAAAUCAAUACAUUUAUCGCUCUGCUCAGAAUCUAAAUGUAUAAUAUAAUAUAUAUUUUGGCUUAAAAGAUAUUUAUGUUUUCAAACGUGAGUUUUGUAAACAACAAAAACUAACAAUUUUCACUCUGGAAAUAAUAAUAAAGGUUAUACACAUAUCAUUGAUCACAUUUUAUUGAAAUAAAGUUUAAUAAUACCUAUCAAAUAUGUCUCAAAAUUGUUCUAAUAAAAACGAAAAUAGACUUUUAAAGUUAACCGUUAGUAAUGAUCAACUAACUCAAUUACAUGAUUCAAACAUACUAGAAGACGACAAAAAUACUAUAAAAAAGGUUACGUCUUUGAAUACCAAUAGAAUAGAAAACAAGCAAAAAAACAAUAUUUGUCAGAAAACAUACAGAGUAAAACUUACUAACUACAAAAAACAGCAGAUUGCAUUCGCUACAGCAUACAAUGAAUUAAAAAUGAGUUACGAAUUGAUCAAUAAGUUUAAAAAGGAUUCAUUAUCUGAUAACGACGUAAAAGAAUUUGAAGAGCUUGAAGAACUAGACUACAUAGUUCAAAACACUUUGCAAAAUAAAUUUGGAAAAACAUUCCCGAAACCAGAUGCUUCAUUUAAAAGAGAUCAUGCAGUUUUCGUUUUCAAUCGUAAUAUACCAUUAAUGUGGCAAAAUAUUGAUUCUACAACAGGUUAUCAAAAGUUAGACUUAUCAAUAAAAGAAGCAUAUAAAUAUGUAUGGGAUAAUUAUUUAGUCGUAUCUAAAAGAAAUAUGGAGUAUCAUUUUUGGCUUCAAAAUAUUAUUGAACCAAAUGAAUUUUAUGAUUUACACGCUGUUAGAAAAUAUUUAAUACAAAAUAUGUUCGAUAAAGAACAGACUGCCAAAAAAUUAGAAACAAAAUUGAAUGAUUUUUAUAACAAUUUACAAUUGAAAUUUAUGAAUAUAAUAAGUGAGGCUGAUGAUAUCCUAAAUUCAGAGAACAAAGAUAUUAAAAAAAAUGAACACAAAGAGUUGAAAGCAAAUGCCGAAAUUAAACUUCAGAUGGCUAUUGAAGAGCAUAAACAUAACAUGGAUGUCAAAAUGAAGAUGUUAGAAAUGGAAAAUGAGAAGUUAAAACAAAAGGAGUCUGAAUGUUCAACACAAAUAAGAACUUUGUUAGGAGAACUUUCUUUUAGAAACAGUAAAUUGAAUAAUGCUAAUGACCGUGUAACAUUGUUAACGAAAGAAAAAAAUGAUUUAAUAUCUAUGAUUCAAAAAAUGGAAGUACAAAAUAAAAGUUAUGAAACACUUCAAAGUAAAUUGGCAAAAGAGCAAGAAAAGAAUCAAAAUUUAAGAACUAUUUUAGAAGAAGAAUAUGAAAAAAAGGAAAUUAAUUUUUAAUAAAAGAAAACUUACCAAUCUAAAUAACUGCAUUUUAAUGUAAGUGUACAAACACAUAUUUCUUGAUAUAUAACAAUAGUUUACAAUACACCUAGAUAUAUAUUUUAUAAUAUGUACCUACAUAUUCUUAUUCAACUUUUUUAUUCUCUGUGAACUACGUAGGGGGAACUAAUUUCUUAUUGAUACAUCCACAUUUUACAUAACUUAGUUAUAUAUAAAACCUCCUACGUCCAUGAUGAAAACAAUUAUAUUAAACAAAUAUGCAAUGAUUUACAAAAUUAAGAGUAGUUAAUAGUUAUAUACAUUAGUCCAUAACACACUAAUGAUACUUGAAAUUGUAAAUAGGUAUUUGAAUUGUUGUAUACAUAUCUGUUACUGAUAAAAGAAUGAUUAAGUACAGAAGAUUUAUGCAAUGAGAAAUACUGCCUUUAAGUAGGAGCAUGAUAUUUGAAGUGGGAUUUUGACGAAUUUCAUAAAAAUCCUAACUUUAAACUCUUAUAAAAAAACAUUGUGAAUAUGU